AUGGCCCCUCGUCAGCAUUUCAUUGCAAUUAUUCUGGGAUGGGGCUGUUUCUGCGGUGGAACUUGUUUCUUGCGGGAUGAUGAUCAUUUGACUGGACUCGGAAGACGGGAAUGGGGGACGGCUGAGAGGAGCGCGGCUGAAGAGCGCUUUGCGGAGGAGGGUGAUGGGAGCGAGCGGCUCUUGCGGGAGACCGUGUCGGAGCACAUGUACAUGUUGUAUGAGAAAUAUAAUAGAGCCGGAGCCGGGCUUCCUCUCAAGGAUGGGAAUACGGUGCGAAGCUUCACAUCCCACUGGGGUACGAUCAACAGCACGCGGAUGCAGGUCUUCAACUUGACUUCCAUAACCAAUUCCGAGGACAUAAUUUCUGCCACGCUGCACUUCUUCAUGGAUGGCCUUCAGAAGGACUCCACCACAUGUGCAAAGUCUACAGCUUGCGGCCCCGUUCACCUCGCCAUUUGGACAACCUCCUCUGCGGAUGGCAGCACCGGGGUACCUGUGAGGCACAUGCAUGUAAGCAUGCCUUCGCGCAGCGUGCACUCGCAGUCGUGGCAGUGGAGGGACAUCACGACCAUAGUGAAGCAGGCCAAGAGGCACCAUGAGUUCCUCCUGGGCGUCCAGGUCCCAUCGCAACGAGGACUGCGGGACAGGCUGCGUCUGGACCCCGCGCCCUACAUCCUGGUCUACACGAACGACUCGGAUAUCUCGGGCCCCGAACGCGUGGCAUCCAGCCUGCAGCGCCCCCACAGCCCAGCGGUCCCCGCUCUCCACCGCUUGGGGACGCGCGCUCGCAACAGUGCAGCUGCAAAGCGGACGAGGCGCGCUCUUGACGCCCUGCUCCCGCUCCAAAACAACGAGUUGCCUGGCAAUGAGUAUCCACAGGAGGCGCCUCCGCGCUGGGAGGACACGGACCCGUACGACCCCGCAGACAACAGGACGGCCAAGCGACCCCGGAAGAAGCCACGGAAGAGCCAGCGGCACCGCACGCAGCUGUUGCGCUUCGAUGAGCGGAACACUCGCCCGAAGCAGUGGCGCGAGCCGCGGGACUGCGCACGCAGGUACCUGAGGGUGGACUUCGCAGACAUCGGCUGGAGCGAGUGGAUCAUCUCCCCCAAGUCCUUCGACGCGUACUACUGCUCCGGGUCAUGCCAGUUCCCCAUCCCGAAGUCACUGAAGCCAUCCAAUCACGCUACCAUCCAGAGCAUCGUGCGAGCCGUGGGUGUGGUGCCCGGCAUCCCGGAGCCCUGCUGCGUGCCGGAAGCGAUGUCACCCCUAAGCAUCCUUUUCUUCGAUCAGGACAAGAACGUGGUGCUCAAGGUCUACCCCAACAUGACCGUGGACUCCUGCGUUUGCAGAUGAUGCCCUCCAGCAACCCCCCUCCCCUCCGAAAUGGCCACACCCUGAAUUUCAUUUUGCACUGAGAGAGAAACUGAACCCCUAAAUAAGUAUGAAUUGAUUCACACAUUUAAAGAAUAAAUUGAUGAAGACUUUAUCAUCUUUCGUGGAAGCUUGAACGAAACAGAACCAAAA